AUGAUGGAUAAAUACGCUGGUUCUGUAUUAAGAAGAUGGAGUGAGAAUGCUGAUAGAGAAGGAUAUUUAAACACAACACCUCAUGAUUUGAACGAAUCUAAUGUAUUUGGAUUAGAUAGUGAAGAGAUUCAAGAAUCAUGGAUCGAAUUAGAUAAAUAUAAAGAUCCAAAAGAUGAUGAUAAUAAUGAGUCAGAGAAAGAUGAUGAUAGUGAAACAAUACAAAUGAAUGAAGAUGAAGUAUAUAAUCAUAAACCAAAUAGUAUCAGGUUUGAUAAGCAUAGACAUAGUACUAGUUCCCCCACAUUUGAUUUGAAUACUUCAUUAACAACAAUUUUAUCAAAAGAACAACAACAUCCAAUAGAUUCUACAACUGAUAAUUCACAACAAUUGAUAUUUAUGAAUGUUUCAAAUUCCUCAUCAAUGAUUUCAACUGAUAGUUCAACAUCUGGGCCAAUUUAUAAAUCUAAAAAAAGGAAAAGAAGUGGCAAUUCACAAAAUUAUAAUAAUUCUUCAGAUGAUUUUUCAAAUACUAUAGUCUUCAUAACAAUUGUUGCUGGGUUAAGUUUUAGUGCUGGUUAUGCUUUGGGUCAAAGUAAAAGACAUUAG